AUGAGAGGUGUAAAACGAUUGGAUCAUUUUCCAAAGUGGAAGCAAACUCGCAUGAAAGGAAGAAAUGGCUUUAGAUACUUCACGACGGGUAAGAAGGAUCCACCAAAAGAGAUUAAAAAAAAAAGCGUCUUCCUAACAUGGAGAUGCUUAGGGUUCAAUUUAGCUUUGUCCCUUCCCAUCCUCUACUUCUACCUCUUGCAAUGUGAAAGGAAGAAGGGGAAGGGACAAAUUGGGGUGACCAAAGUGGAAUCCAUUGGAAAGCCAUUGAUAGGAGGGGAUUUCACCCUGUUUAAUCAUGACGGGAAGGUAGUAACAAAUGAUGACUUCAAAAAAAAAUUUUGCUUAAUCUAUUUUGGAUUUACUUACUGCCCAGAUAUAUGUCCACAAGAGUUGGAGAAGCAGACUAUCGUCAUUGAAAAAAUUGUAAAAAAAUAUGGGGAUAUCAUAACCCCUGUUUUUAUUUCUGUUGACCCGAAUAGAGACACGCUAGCCCAGGUGAAGCAUUACUGCAGUUCCUUUAGCGACAAGUUAGUAGGACUGACUGGCACGAAGGAGCAAAUUAAGAAAGUUGCCAAGUUAUUUCGUGUCUAUUACAACGAGCAUGUCGUGGCUGAACAGGCUGCCAGAACAGACACGCAAAGUGGCGACCUCCCCCCCCCUGCUGCCAACCAUUACAACUACCUCAUUGAUCAUUCAAUAAUUCAUUACCUACUCGAUGUGGACGGAAAGUUUGUCGAUUUUUUCGGAAAAAAUUGCACGACCAGUGAGAUGGUGGAGAGGAUAUCUCAUUAUGUUGAUCUUCAUUUACAGAGUGGGGCUACCGUCAGGGUCAGCGGAGGGGCGGCCCUCGAAAAUACCCCACAGUAG